AUGGUAGCACUUACUGAUGAGUGUAUCUCCAGAAUUCAAAAUAAGCUACCUACCAAGUUGAAAUAUAUUAUGAGUUUCAUAAUGCAAAUCACAAUUAAUAAGUACAUCAAUGCAAGAAGGUUAUAUGAUUUGGGUGUAAGUAUCAACUUGAUGCCUAUAUCCAUAUUUCAAAAACUGGGCCUCAGAAAGAUAAAGCCUACUACUAUAAUAUUGCAACUGGCAGACCGUACAGUGGCUAGGCCUAAUGGUAUUAUUGAGAAUGUCUUAGACCAAGUGGGAACUCUCAUCUUCCCUGUGCACUUUGUUAUCUUUGAUUUUGAGCCUGACCAAGAAGUUCUAUUCAUUCUGGGACGUCUUUUGUUAGCAACUGGAGGACCCUUGAUUGAUGUGGUUGUUGGUAGACUGACAAUGAGGGCCUAUGAAAUGGUCGAGGUCUUUGAUGUUUACAAGGAAAUGAAGUUGUCUACUGUCUAUGAAGAGAUCUCAGGAAUUAUAGUUACUGAAGAAGACAUAGCAGCUCAGUAUGUUACAAUAAAGGACCUAUAG